AUGUCGAAUAUCGAUAGGAGAAACAAGAGGAAAGCCGAGGGUGAUUACCAUCCCCAGACUUCCAAAAAGCCCCAUCAUGAUCGAACUGGCGCCUUCAAUGUCAGCUCUCUGGAGAACAAGAAGCAGAACGGCCAUGCCGCCUCCGCUUCACUUCCACCGUUGCCGGACAUCCAGGAGCAGUACAUCGACGAGGUGUUUACGCACAUGUCUGUUUCCCGCGAGAAGAACUACGACCGACUGGAGUUUCUAGGCGACUCCUACAUUCAAGUCAUCGCUACCCAACUCAUCUACCAGAGUUCAACGACCCUCUCAGCCGGCGAGAUGUCACAGCUACGCGAAUCACUGGUCAAGAACGAGACCCUCUCACAGUACACUAUGCUCUACGGCCUCGACCAGCGACUCGAGCAAUUCAAGCGCCUUCAGAAAGGCAUGGGCUCGGCAGCCUGGCUCAAAAUAAAGGGAGACGUCUUCGAAGCUUAUGUGGCUGCCAUUGUCCUUUCGAGCCCGGAUGGUUUCGCCAUAGCCAAAAAGUUUCUGACUCAGUUGUGGGCGCCCAAAGUCGAAGCUGUUGUCGCUGUACCUCAGGCAUCACCAAAGAGCAAAGAGGAACUUGCCAAGAGACUCCAAGGUCACGGUGUCUUGAUCAAGUACCUCGACGAGAGAAAGCCUGAUAUCCACUACGGCCAGGGUAAAGAGACCUAUUAUAUUGGAGUGUACUUCACCGGUUGGGGGUGGGAGAACCAGUACCUCGGGAGUGGAAAGGGGCUGAGCCGGACUGCAGCGGGACAAGAAGCGGCGGCCGUCGCUUUGACGAACCAUCCCCUGAUUGACGAAAUCGCAGCGGUAAGGGCGGCCUUCUACGCACGCAGGAAGGAGGAACAGAAGGAGAAGGAAACGGACAGGCAGACAGACCUUGGUACGAACCCAAAACCGAAAGAAUGA